AUGAGCUCGCAGCGCUAUACCCGGGUGAAUGCCCAAGAUGAAGAAGAUAACGCCCACUCUUAUCCGCUGCACCCUACUCGAUCAAAUGUCUCACCAAACUCUCCGCCUCCCUCCUUCCGUUCCCGGUCCUCUUCGCCAUCAUCAAGACGAUUACUCCAUGGCGAUCCUAUUACACAUGAAGAUGAUCACGCCCUAGCCGAUGCCUUUGGAAGUGAGGAUGGCUCCGAUGACGAUGAAGAGCCUGAUGACCGACAACGGCUGAUGCGUGCCAACCCGGAUCCCUAUAGUCCCGCGGACAACGGUCAGACCGCCACCUCGUCCUCGUCGGAAUCCAGAACCGAGAGCCAAGAUCGUUCAGCGGCGUCGGCGAUGACUCGACGGCCAACGAUAUUACCAACUUUUACCACGUCCGGCAACAGUCGGUCGGUUGCGCCAUCAAAUGAUGGUGUCUUUGCCAAUCUAGCAGCUAAGCCGGAACGGGGAGAAAAGAAUGAGGAUUUGCCUCCUUCUUAUGAAGAAGCGGCCGCCGAUGCAACCCCGCCGUACUGGGAGACCACGAUUGUGGCGCCCGGUAUCUCUUCCGAUGAAGUUUACGUCGAUGGGCUUCCCGUUGGAUCAAUAUUCUCGUUUAUUUGGAAUGCGAUGAUUUCGAUGUCAUUCCAGUUGGUCGGUUUCCUCCUGACUUAUCUUCUCCACACCACCCACGCCGCAAAGAACGGCAGCCGAGCCGGUCUCGGUCUCACCCUGGUUCAAUACGGUUUCUACAUGAAGGGAGGCAGCGACUCUUCCACUUCCGAUGGAAGUGGUGGUGAUUCAUACGUUCCGCCACCCGACCCCAACAGCCAUAACUUUGAUCCCAACUCAGUGGGAGACACCGCCGGAAGUGAUGGUGGAUCCAUGGCCGGUAUCAGUACCAGCGAAUGGAUUUCAUAUAUACUCAUGAUCGUCGGUUGGUUCAUCCUUAUUCGUGCUGUGAGCGAUUUCUUGCGGGCUCGCCGCCAUGAGCAGCUUGUGUUACAAAGUCCCGAUCGUGGUCUGGGUGUACCUAUCAUCGCGGAGGGAGAGCGGUCUGAAACCGUCGUCUAA